UUAGCGGGUCCUGCCGAUCGUGGCCAUGAACCGCGAGAGUUUCGCGGCGAGCGAGCGGCUGGUGUCUCCGGCUUACGUGCGGCAGGGCUGUGAGGCCCGCCGCUCGCACGAGCACCUCAUACGGCUGCUGCUGGAGAAGGGCAAAUGCCCGGAGGAAGGUUGGGAUGAAACUACCCUGGAACUCUUCCUGCACGAACUGGCAGUCAUGGAUAGCAACAAUUUCCUGAGCAAUUGUGGUGUGGGGGAGAGGGAAGGGCGAGUGGCGUCUGCCCUGGUCGCUCGUCGGCAUUACAGGUUUAUUCAUGGAAUUGGACGAUCUGGAGAUAUUUCUGCUGUGCAACCAAAAGCUGCAGGCUCUAGCCUUUUGAACAGAAUUACCAAUUCUUUGGUCCUGGAUAUCAUAAAGUUGGCUGGUGUCCAUUCAGUGGCCAACUGCUUUGUGGUUCCUAUGGCAACUGGAAUGAGUCUAACUCUGUGUUUCCUAACCUUGCGACACAAAAGACCAAAGGCAAAGUAUAUCCUGUGGCCACGGAUAGAUCAGAAGUCAUGCUUUAAAUCCAUGAUCACUGCAGGUUUUGAGCCUGUGGUGAUUGAGAAUGUCUUGGAAGGUGAUGAACUGCGCACGGACCUGAGAGCGGUAGAAGCCAAGAUCCAGGAGCUUGGGCCUGAUUCUGUUCUCUGUGUUCAUUCCACCACGUCCUGCUUUGCUCCAAGGGUGCCAGAUAGAGUGAAAGAACUGGCUGUGAUUUGUGCUAAUUAUGGCGUUCCACACAUAGUCAACAAUGCCUAUGGAGUGCAGUCUUCGAAGUGCAUGCAUCUCAUUCAGCAGGGAGCUCGGGUUGGUAGAAUAGACGCUUUCGUACAGAGCUUGGACAAAAAUUUUAUGGUUCCAGUAGGUGGCGCCAUAAUUGCUGGCUUUAACGAUACCUUCAUUCAGGAAAUCAGCAAGAUGUAUCCAGGAAGAGCUUCAGCGUCACCAUCUUUAGAUGUUCUCAUUACUUUGCUAUCACUUGGAUCAAGUGGUUAUAAGAAGCUGUUAAAGGAAAGGAAGGAAAUGUUUUCUUAUUUGUCCAGCCAACUAGAGAAACUGUCAGAAGCCUACAAUGAGAGACUGUUGCAUACGCCUCACAAUCCCAUAUCUUUAGCUGUGACCCUUGGGACAUUUGAUGAACACUGUGACAAAGCUGUCACUCAGCUUGGCUCGAUGCUUUUUACCAGACAGGUUUCUGGGGCCAGGGUUGUGCCUCUUGGAUCUGUGAAAACUGUGAGUGGCUAUACUUUCAGAGGCUUUAUGUCCCACACCAAUAAUUACCCUUGUGCUUACCUCAAUGCGGCAUCAGCCAUUGGAAUGACAACACAAGAUGUGGACUUAUUCAUCAAGAGACUGGACAAGUGUUUAAAGACGCUAAGGAAAGAACAGAGUCAAGAGGCUGAUGGACCUGGAGUUGACAGUUGUGACAAAACUGAAGAUGCAGAUAUUGAAAUGAUUUUUAAACUAGAAAAUGCUUGACAUAUUCCAGGGUGUGUCUUCAUGACAUGCAAAGGGCUUCUUUUGGAUAAUUAGCAAAAAGUAAUGAGGCUGAGGACCACGCAAGCAGUUUGAGGACAACUCAUGGGGUUUUUGGAUUGAGAAUUUCUUGGAGAAUAUUCCAUCAAGGGACAGAAUGUGUCCUAAGCCAAUCAAUGAUGAUUGUUAGAACUCCCUCAAUCCGUAAGAUCCUUCACAGGUUAGAACAACAAGCACUAUUUUUCUGAUGGUUAGAAUAUUUGUCAUUGAAGCAUCAUACUCAGUUUUGACUAAUUUAAUGGCUUAUAAUUACCUCUAAUUCUUUCUGAAGUGUAAGUUGCUAAGCCCUGCAGCCAGUUCUCAUUAUUCACCAAAUACUUCGGUUUCUGAUCAUAAAGAGUUUAGAAAGGUCUGUUGCGCUGAUGAGUGGUUGUGUGUAGAGGUGUGUGUCGCUUAAGUGUGCUGUAAAAUGGACGUUCCCCAAGGAAGAGGAGUCGAAUUUAAACAUCAGUUUUGAUUCAGGAGCAGUGCUUCUCCACUGGGGAUGAUGUGCCAUAUCUAAACAACAUCUGGUGACAUUUUUCAUUGUCACAAAUGGUGACUGCUGUUAACAUUUAGUGAGUAGAGGCCAGGAGAGCUGCCUAAAAUCCCUCCAAUGCACAAGAAAACUUUGCACAGCUAAGUUUAUUUGGGCCAAGACCUCAGGGAAGCGGAGGCUCAGAAAGAGAACUAAAAUCAGCUCCCCAAGUGGAAAUUUUGCUCAGCAACUUGAGCUGCUCAAUAGUAGAGCCCCAAGUCGUGUAGCUGCGUUUUGGUCACUGGUGGAGCUGGGUAAAAUAGUGGCACCAUUGUGGUUUAUGCAGAUAUAGGCUCCGGUGCUUGCCAGACAGUGGAAUCAGCUCAUGGUGCAUGGCUCAGAGUGUAUCUCUAUCAUUAAAUGACACAUGACUGUACUUAAAAAAAGGACCAGAUAAUUUCAUGUUACCAAGCUAUACUGUGUGGAGAUACUUAAGGGACAACCGGACACCAGUUCCAAACAUGUCUUCUAUAGCACUUACGCAUUUUCUAUUUGGGCAAGUGAACACUUUACUCCACUUAACACCUUUCACAUGUAGCAACCUGUGGACAUCAGCUGCUUUGCUCAGCUGCUGUGCACGUCCUUCGUCAGGAUCGGCUAACAUGCAUAUUUUAAAUGCAUUUUUGCUAUAGAGGUGAAAAUGAUGUAGUGUGAUAAGUGGGUACUCCCUUCUCCCUGUCCAGGUACUCAUUUUCAUUUUACAGUUCUGUACUUAAUGGCCUUAACAGUUCAUUUUGAUGUUGGUUUUAAGAAAUAGCUUGUGGUUCCAGCCUAAGGAGUAAGUGAAGCGUCUGAAUUCUCUACAUUACCAAAGCCACAUCUGCACCCACCUGCUCGGGGACGGUUGUUUCAGGUAGAUGCUCAUGGGAGGGAGAAGUUUCUGAGGGCAAGUAACCUUGGGAAAUGUCCUUAUAAUCCUGCUGUGCACAUUUAAGAGGCACUGUGAGUAUUCCCUCAAUAAAGAA